AAUCCGGCAGUUCAUUUCACACCGCCGCCAAACGCGAUUGUGUUGAUCUAAAAUGAUAAAAAACCCAAAAUACAUAUACGGUCCCAUAGACCGGUAUGUGCCCGCUUCGUUGAACUUUGGUGAAUUUGUGUUGAACAAAAUACAGGAAAACAGUGAUACAGUUGCCUUGAUAAAUGGCGCAACUAACGAAGUCCUCACUUAUGGUGAGAUGGCACAAGAAGCCAUGAACAUAGCCGUCUCGCUCCGUCGUAUGGGCAUUAGAAAGGGAGACGUGAUCGCAGUGAGUUCUGAGAACAGACGGGAGUUCUGGAGUUCUAUAAUAGGAGUGAUCUGUUCUGGAGCUGUAGCAACUACUAUAAAUAUAGGAUACACCAAUGAUGAACUCAGACACGUGUGCGGGAUAUCCAAUCCUAAAUACAUCUUCCUGUCACCACUGGCGUAUAAGACGCACGCGAAAAUAUACAAAACUCUACCGUAUUUGAAGAAAAUCAUACUUUUUGGAGACGACCGGCCAGCUAACGUGGUUCUGUAUAAAGAUAUAGCUGUACCGAGUGAUGGGGCGAAUAUUCCGAAAGGCGGUUAUAGAUUAACGGAAAACGUGAAAUUCGAAGAAUUCUUGCCAGCCGACGUGGAUGGCACCAACGAUACGCUAUUCAUCCUAUACUCGUCCGGCACCACGGGUCUGCCCAAGGGAGUGGUCAUCACACACCACAACAUCGUAACACUGUGCUCGCCGAAUGUAGCCUUCCCUCCGCUCAAAGGGCUAACGAUAACUCCCUGGUACCACACCAUGGGACUGGUCAGUACCCUGGGCGGUUUCACGAGGGGUACUACUACCGUCUACCUCCCAAAGUUUGACGUGGACCUUUACUUGAAGACCAUAGAGAAGUAUCAGGUGUCCCAACUGACCGUAGUGCCAGCAGUGCUCAUCGCGCUAUGCAAAUCCAAGUCGACGUACGACACUAGUACCGUGUCAGUGGUGUACUGCGGCGCCGCCCCUCUCUACGAGGAGACUGCUAAAGCGGUGCGAGACAGAUUUCCAAGCGUCCAAGCUUUACUCCAAGGCUAUGGAAUGACGGAGACCACGUUAGCAAUUACUAUGAACUGGAAUCCAGAAAAAAUUGGCAGCGUAGGGAAUGUUAUAUCUCACACCAUUGCCAAGGUAGUAAAUCCGGAAACCCGCGAAGCAUUAGGCCCCAACCAGGAAGGUGAGAUUUGCGUCAAAGGAGCCAUGAUAAUGAAGGGUUACAUCGGCAAAGAUCGGAAGGAGGAUUUCGAUGACGAAGGGUUUCUCAAGACUGGUGAUAUCGGAUACUAUGAUGAAGACCAGUACUUCUACAUCGUGGAUCGGCUGAAGGAGCUCAUCAAAUACAAAGCUUAUCAGGUGCCACCUGCAGAGAUAGAAGCAGUGCUUCUCAAACACCCUAGCAUCCGCGAAGCAGGUGUGGUGGGGAUCCCCGACCCCGCCGCGGGAGAAGUUCCACUGGCUUUCGUGGUGUUGCAGCCCGGAGUGACGCUGACGCAGAAGGAGAUACAAGACUAUGUGGCUGAAAGGCUAUCGAAUCCAAAACACUUGCGAGGUGGCGUGAGGUUCAUAGAUGAAGUGCCGAAGAACCAGACGGGGAAAAUUCUGAGGCGGGAGUUAAGGAAAAUAGCCAAAUCUAGGAAAAGUAAACUGUAACCCAAGACAUUUACGAGCUUAUUGUACAUAAACACUCAAUUACAGUUAUAUGAUGUAUAUUUCAUACAUAUCAGAUGUUUAUUUUUUAAAAUUACUCCUUAAAGAUAUGCGUCCAAAUAUCUACAUCGUAAGUAUUGGACGCACCGCAUUAAACGAAUUAUAUAUUUUACGAUGCGGAUUAGUGGACACAUUUGUAUGACUUUCUAUACAAAGGUUAUUACGAUUCGUUUAAUGCUAAUCGUCUGAUACUUAUACUGCCAAUCUACCGAAGCGGAGCGAGGCAGCGGAGCCGAGAAACGAAGAAAUAUUAACCAAUGGGAUUGCACAAAAUCUUCGCUCCUCUUAAAUGUACAGGGACUUACGAGCUAGUUUACGAGCUAGUACGAGAUAUUAAUACGUUAAUUUUGUGUUCGUGGACAAUGUAAAUUAAAAAACAAAAGCGGAUACGGGUUUACUUUUGCGAGAAAAAGCCUGGAAUUUGUUAACUUUUAAUAAUUUUGAUAAGAAAUGCACAAUCAUAUUAUUUAGACAAGUAGUCCUAGUUUCAAUGGAAUCUAAGUAUUAGUAUUAGCGUAUUACCGUAAUAACCAAAGGAUUGUAAUUUUUCUAAUGAAAUGUAAACGAAAAUCUUCCAGUCACUAUAAUGUUUAAGAGAUUAUAGUUUUUCACAAAUAAAUAAAUAAGUUUAAAAAUUCUUAUAAAACCGGUAAGCGGAGCGGGGAAAUGGAGCGGGGAAUCACGUGUGGGGAAGCGGAGAAGAUAGUCUGCAACUCCGCUACGUAUUACUCUCUCACUUUGCUCCGCAGUCUCGCUCCGCUCCGGUGGACAGACAUAGAAGAAGAAGAAGAAGAAGAAGAAAUAUACUUUAUUGUACAUUAAAAACAAAAAUAAACAAUAACUUAUAAUAACACUUAGAAACUAAUGUACAAAUGGCGGUCUUAUCGCUAAAGAGCGAUCUCUUCCAGACAACCACUGUGGAAGAGAAAAAAAAAACGUAAGCACCGAUUCGGGUAUACGCACACAAAAAAUAAGAAAAGUUAAGUAAUUUAAAUACAUAAAUAUUAAGCAAUAGUAUACAUAAAUAUUAAGCAAUAAUUAUACAUAUACUAUACUUAACUACAUCAUACAUAUAUACAAAGAAAUACAUAUAUACAUACAUACAUACAUACACACAUACAUACAUACAUGAAAACCUGCAAAACAUAAAAACAUGACGGCAACUAAGGGAAGACACAAAAGAAAAAUAAAUAAACAAAAUAAUUCAAAAAUGAUUAAUAAAUAAAACAUACACAUACAAGCGUAAUUUGGAUUAAUAAGCUAUAUUAAAAGAUCAGGGAGGAAAAAAGUGCAUGUUUACCAGCCGUUUGAAAGAAGUUAGAGAUUGGGCACGCCGAGUGUCUAAGGGCAAUGAAUUCCAGAGCCGAGCAGCUUUAACAGAAAAGGAUUUAGAAUAGAAGGAAGUAUUAUGGGAAGGAAUUUUUAAGAUUAGGUUGUCUUCGGAGCGAAGGGAGCGACAGUGAGUAUCACUAAGAAAGCUAAAACGCUCUUUUAAAUAAAUCGGAGUCGUAGGAUUAAACAGGACAUUAUACAAAAAAGACAGAAUGUGAGUUUUCCUGCGAAGGCGGAUCGAGGGCCACUUGAGUUUUUCGCGAAAUUCGGAAACAUGGUCAUAUUUGCGAAGUCCAAAUAUGAAUCUUAUACAAACAUUCUGAAUGCGCUCAAGUUUAUCCAGUAAUUCUUCACUCAAAUUUAGAUAGCAAGUGUCCGCAACACAGUGUACAGACAUAGUACGCAACUCCGCUCCGCAUCAGUCUGUUUCUCCGCUACACUCCCUCGCUCCGCUCUGGUGGACAGGCAACCUUACGAUGCGAAUAUGGACGCAUACCUUAAGCUGCGUUGACACAGUAUACUCGGACCGAGUGGACUCGGACACCUAUUCAGACGUAACUCUUAUUGUGAAGCAUACUAGUUUCAGCAUCGUGAAAAAUGCAGCAAUUUCCUUGUUUUUCUUAACCAUUUAAAGGAAAUCGUUUAAAGGAGUAAUCUUCAAUCGCCAGGGCAUGGGAAUGAAAGGACUAUUGUUAUCAAAAUAAUUAUUGUUUUUACUAUGUUAUAAUUUUAUUAAAGGUUUUUAUUUA